AUGCGUGUGUCCAGUAUCGUAGACCCAGGCAUCGUCGGCACGCCUCACCUUCACCAAAUCGUGGGCGGCAACGGUUUCGACCCGCUCAUGGACCCGGACCAGGAUCCAGCCGAGCGGUCUUCUUGCACCACGUGCACCUUUAUCGACGAUUUUUCCAACUACUGGACCGCCGUCAUGUUCUUCCGGGCGCGCAACGGCACGUACAAGCGCGUUCGGCAAUUUGGGGCCGUAUUUCACGAAGCGGCACGCGGGGGCGGCAUGACCAUAUACUAUUUCCCACCAGAGAGCGCGGCGGACGAUAGCAUCAAGAUCACGGCCUUUCCCCAAGGCUUCCGCAUGCGCACGGGCGAUCCCGGGGCCAGGACCGCCGAGGCUUCGGAACGGGGCAUCUGGUACACGUGCAUGGAAAACGAGAGCACGCGGACGCGCAACCAGUCCCGGACGUUUCCGGACCACGCCUGCCCCUUUGGCGUCCUCACGACCAUCUGGUUCCCGCCCUGCUGGGACGGCGUCAACCUCGACAGCUCGGACCACUACAGCCACGUGGCGUGGCCGGCGGACGGAGAUCCGAUGGACGGGACGGCGUGCCCCGAGACCCACCCCGUGCUAAUACCGCAAAUCGUGCUCGAGACGGUGUGGGACACGGCGCCCUUCAACUCGGCCGAUUUGUGGCCUGAGGACGGUAGCCAGCCGUUUGUAUGGAGCUUCGGCGACGAUGUCGGGUACGGUCACCACGCCGACUAUGUCUUUGGCUGGCGGGGCGACUCGCUGCAGAAGGCGAUGGACGAGCGGGACUGCGGUGACCAGAUGUGCGGGCUGCCGGUUCAGGAUAUUCCUACCGCGAACGAGUGCGAGGGGUGCCUUUUCUUUCCGAAGAGGUGGAUGACUGGCUAG